AGAGGCAUGUGUGCUCAUCGUCUCAUCGUCAAAGUCUAUGAUGGGACUUGUCCUUAUUUUGCCUCUUUUCGGGAUCAAUAGUGCAAAUGCAGUGUUUCACUCACUGAAAUUCAUCAGAACUGCAUCAUCUGGAGUUCAAAAUGUUCCAGAGUUCAUGGAGGUUGGUUUGGUGGACGAUGUCUUGUUCAGUCACUACGACAGCAACAGCAGCAGAGUCAAACCCAAACAGGACUGGAUGAUCCGACUCACUGAGGAUGAUCCGGAAUAUUUAGAGAGUGAAACACAGAGGUGCAAGAAUGACCAGUGGGCCAGCAAGAAGUCCAUGAGAGAGGUUCAAGAAAGAUUCAACCAGACUGGAGAGCUUCCAUCAGUGUCUCUCCUCCAGAAGACUCCGUCCUCUCCCAUCGUCUGCCACGCUACAUGGUUCUACCCUCCACAAGCGAAGUUGUUCUGGACCAAAGACGGAGAGGAGCUUCACAAAGAUGUUGAUAUUGGAGAGGUCCUCCCCAACCCUGAUGGAACCUUCCAGAUGAUGGCUGAGCUGAAACUGCCAGACCCAUCUGAAGCCUGGGAGAGGUUCACCUGUGUGUUGCAGCUUCACGGUGCUAAGAAAGUCUCAAAAAAGCUGGACCAAAGGGCCUUUCUCACCAACUCCUCCAACACUACUGAGGAGGUUCUGAAUCCACUGAAGCCCCCGACUGAAGCUCCUCCACAUGGGAAACCAGAGGACCAGACCGUCCCCAUCGCUGUCUCAGUGGCUGCUGUUGUUGUUGUUCUGCUCAUCACUGCUGCUGCUGUUAUUGGAGUGGUCAUGAGGAGAAGAGCAGGCCAAAGUACAGAAACAGACACCAACAUCUCUGAGGGCCAUACGCUGGCACUGAAUCCACUGACUGAAGCUCCUGCACACGAUGUUUUAGACAUGAGUCCUUCAGACCCGUUGGUGGAACCCCAGUCUGAAGCAACAUGAGGUGAGUGGUGACUUGAUGUUGAGCAGCUGUUUGUUCUGAGAAUGUUGAAGACUGUGGACUGAGUGAAGCAGAUCAAGAGAGUGACUCCCAGUAGAAACCGUGUCCACAUUAGAAAGUCGGGAUGUUCCGAUACAGCUUUUUUGCUGGUCGAGUACAAGUACUGUCAUUAGAGUACUUGCUGCUACCAAGUUCCGAGACAAGUAAUUAUAACAUUUUUUAUUAAUGUAUUUAUUCAUUCUAACCUAUUUUUUCAUUUUAUGUUGCCCGAACAAACAUGACUGUCACGUUCCUCACUCUGUGCUCUUAUUCUUUGUCUGAAUUUCUCUUCAGCCGCUUCCUGAGUUUCGCUUUCUCCUCCUUGCUCUGCUUCUGUUUUGAUCUCCUCAACUCUUUAGCCAGACCGCGUGUGAGUUUUCUUAAACUCACUUUUCAUUUAUGGAUUGUGUAGGUUUUUUCCCUUCGUGUGAGUUUGAGACUUCUCCUCCACGUAGAGCUUUUAGUUGAUUGGACCUUGUGAAUUUAUAUCCGAGCAUGUUUGAGUUCUCCCUGUUAUUGAUGGUUGAAGCUAAUUCACACCUCUUUUGUAGCAGAUUUUUUCCUAGUCCCUCUGUGUAUUUCCGGCUCGUGUUUCGACUCCGGCGCCUUCAGUUCCUGUCUUCGCCGUCUGUGUUCAUUGUAACUUGUCUAUUAAAUUUAUUAAUUUAAUCUCGUUUGUGCCUUCUGUCAGCCUGCAAUCAUCUGCACCUGGGUCGCUUCUUCAAUGACACCAAUGACACAGAUUUCCCUUUGAACAUUUCAGGUUUUGCCUGUAUUGCAAACAUUUUUGCUGUGAAUUCACAGUAAAUUAUGGGAUAGCAGACAAUUCCUAUUCAGGUUGCCAGACUAUUCGCAGACACACUUUUUUUCCCCGUUGAUCUCAGCACCUGCUGCAGAUCUUUCCUGACUUCACUGUGAACAGCUUUUUGAUUACAGGAUUGUACUGCAAACUAAGACUAUAACGUUGUACAAUCCUACGAUACUGUAGCUUUAACAGGUAUCCAUUGGGAUCUUUCAGGGGAAGUUCUGUAUAACAAGUUGGUGUGAACUAAUUCUGCAAAUUUUUGUGACAUGCUGGUAAUUUCGUAGAGUGUAGGCAAUCUCUGCAUAUGAAAGAACAGCCCUCAUUGCCUGAGUAUAAAAUUUCUAUGGCAUAUUUGAGGUUGUGUUUUUGAAGGUAUUUAACUUAACUACAAGCUUUGUUUUGACAAGCUAUUAUUUAAAGAUAUUGUUAUAUCUUUCAGCAGUUGCAAAUGUUAUGAAAUGCACUUUGGGUCACACUUUAGAUUAGGACACUUAUAUUUGAACAAACUACUUCUUGAUGUAUUAUCAUGGGUAUAAUCCUGUAAUAAAUCAGAAGCAUAAUAUGUUUUUGAAUAUUAUAGGAACUAUUUGUUGAUCUGAAGUGUGACCACACUGUUGAAGCAACCCUGCAAAUGAUGUGACUUAAAUGCAGGUUUUUAUGUGCAAACAUGGUUUUUAUUUUGUGCAUUGCUGAAACGUCAGUGCUGAAUAAACAUUUCUGCACAGUCACAGCCAUGAAUGUAAUGGUGCUGACAAUUGAAACCAUAGUUACUUGUCUUACAAUUUCAACCAAGACUUUGCAUUUUGUUGCAUUCAAUGUUUACACAUUUGUGUUAAGAUUUUUACAAUACAAAUGUAUACAAAUGCCGCAAUGGUUGACUUGUAAUGUGUCACAUCAAUGUGUAUGUUACAUGUUUCUUCCUUCUGUGUUGAAGGAUUGUUCACUCGUACUCGUGUGACGUCUUAUGGAAAGUGUGGUUUACAAUGUUUCAGUUGAAUGUUGAACCGUCAUGCCAUUUUUCUGUUUCUGUUGAGAUGACCUUUGGUCCUUCAGCGGACUUGUACCUCUAGUGAAACCUCCUCAGGACAGAAUAACACUUGGUACUGUGAAAUAAUGAGUGUCUAGUAGUAUUUACUAGAAAUGUAUGAAGGGAGAAGCUCUUCCGUGAGUGUGAUUGACUCAACACAGAGUCUCAGUAUGAAUUACUUUCAUCCUUGCGAGAGUCAGAGCAUCCCAUGUAGUAUGUAUUAAUUGUUUUUGGAUAAAACAGUUUAUUUGCUUGACUCAUGCAGGUUUCAGUUUUUCCUUUUUUCCACCUCAGAUGGCGACAGUUCAGACUGUAAUUCUUUCAUGAAUUGCUCUGGAAUUGAACUGAACAUGGACACCUUGAGGUAGUGAUGGGAUAAUGUUCUUGUUUUAGAAAUGCUAUGGUUUCAUUGCAUUAGUUGGUCAUUCUACAGUAGACAGUGCCAUCUAGUGCCCACUGAAAAUCAGUUCACUGUUUCCUGAAUCCUCAUCAACCCUUAAAUACUCAUCUGCAUCCCUGUCCACCAUCGUGGCCUCUGUUUGUUUGCACCGCCUCUCCUUUUCUGCCAUUUUGUCCUUUGUUCCCAGUGUGUUCUUUUUUGCUACAUUUGAAACAGGUAAACUCUGAACAAGUGUGGAAAUAAUGCCCUGGUUUUGAACAGCCUGGUUCUCUCGACUCUGCUUCAUAGAACUCUGGUCGUGUCUCAGUAUCCUUGUAGAAUGCAGAGAAGAUGUUUGAAAUGUAUAAAUUAAUUUAAUCUUGUGGGGCUACUCUCCAUGCUUCAUUCUUUUUAUUGUUUUUCAAAUUCUCCAUCAGGUAAAUAAACUGGCACAUUUA